ACGAGUCACAUCAUACAAGUCUGACACUUAGAGAAAGGACCAGAAACCGCUGCGAAUUCAAACCCUGAAGAAGAGACCAGAGGAGCUGACAAGGUGUUACAAAGAAAAAGGGAUUCUGACAUGCACUGGCAGAAAUCACCGAAGGAGAAGCCGUGUUACACUCUUCCCACAGUGAAGAAACUCCUGGAGCAGAAGAGGAAGAGGGAGACCUCCUCGACGGCAACAACCAGUACCGGUGUCUCCACUGCCACUGUCCUCUCCCAACAGGUGUCAACACCAGAGAAGUCUACCUCAACAGGUGUAGCCAGCAGCUACUCAGACAUGGCAGUGGGGUAUGAGAGAUGGGGUCCUAUGGAUGAGCACCAAGCCCUCUCGGCCAUACAUGAAGGUCCAUUCUCCCCUAUGGGGAACAAUUACUUCUCCAGCCCAUCCUCCUCAAUGGACUACAGCCAAACUCCGGCCUACAGCACUCAGAUGGCCUCCAGCUACAGAACACAGCAGAUUCAGGACUACCCAGACACCAGGAUGCCCCAGUGUUAUACGGAGUGUCCAGUGACCGAGGCUGUGUCUAGUUUGGUUCCUUCAGGGCCCCUGCAGUCUGCUGUCUUCUCCUGGUCAUCGGGGGCCCUGGGCCCCACAGAGCUUGUCCAGCAGGUGUUUAGUGGCCAGAUGGAUGUCAUUAAGCUGGAGGAAGCCAGGAUGUUCCUUAGAGGGAUGGACUACAGCAGAACCACCUGGCAGGAUGACGACGGAGACACGAUUCUGCACAUCUAUACAGCCAAGGGCCUGAGGGAGUAUGCAUUUGCUGCAGCAGAGAGGCUUGCUGAGCUGGGCAGGCUAGACUCCAAGGAACACAAGGGGAAGACUGCUCUGCUGGUGGCGGUAACUGCUAACCAUCCGGAAAUCGUCCAGGAUCUGUUGUCUUUAGGAGCGGAUAUAAAUGCCUGUGAUGUCAAAGGUCAAACAGCACUUCAUCUUGCUGCCACCUAUGGCUUCCCCAGGGUUAUGCAGGUUAUUCUCUCCAUUGGGCCUGGAGUGAACCUGGAGGCUCGCAAUUUUGAAGGUCUGACUCCUCUGCACUGUGCAGCCAUCUCCCACAGUGACACCAUGAAGACUCUCUCCUCCCUCUCCUCCACCGGGCUGGGUGAUGCCAGCCUCCAUGCCCUGGCAGAGGAGAAGCUCUCCUGGCUGCAGAUGCUACUCAACACCGGAGCCUCCCUGACCAGCCAGGAAAUCAAAAGUAACAAGACUGUUCUUCACCUGGCUGUGAAGGAGGGGAACAUCCAGCUGGUUCGCCAUCUGCUGAAGAACCCCCUAGACAACAUGAGGGACUUUGUCAACAUGAAGGCCCACGGUCAUACCGCACUGCACAUGGCUGCUGGUCUCCAUGGCAGCCCACACCAAGAGGAGAUGCUGAGGCUGCUGCUGGGCCGUGGGGCCGACCCCAGCAUCCGCAACCUGGAGAACGACCAGCCUGCACACCUGCUGCAGAGUGGACUCCACGGGGAACAGCUUAAGCUCAUCCUGAAGAAGCGAAGUGCUUCCUCUCGUCGACGUGUAAUGUCCUUACAGGACCAAGAGUGACCCGGACUACUUUUUAUGUCCCUGUGUAUCCCUCCACCUCUUUUCAGAGGAAGUACUGAAGGUCUGCACUGUAGGUUGAAUCCAGACAUCUGUACUUCCAAGAGGGAGGGAUUCUAGCGUAUCUUCAUGUGAGGAUUUUCAAACACGGCAAAUCUCUAAUAUAUACUAGGGCAUUCACUUUGAAACUAUAUGUUUGAUUGACAUGAUUUUGGUCACUAUCUGACUUCAGUUCUGAAUUUAAUAAUGGCUAGCUAGUAAUGAGCAAUGGUAACAGGUGGUAUUCCAGUCCCCCCUGAUAUUACUGUCACUCAGUACAACCUUGAUUUCUAUGAAAUCGUUGACAUUAUAUUCAAAGCUGCACAGACUCAUUGUGUGAGAACCCCCCCAGCCGGGAAGCCCUCUUUAGAGGUAUAUCUGAGGAGGGUUUCUGGGCUCCCACCCCCACUCAUUCUCUUGUCAAAACUUCCCACCAUGGUUAGAAAUCAUAUUGGUUUGUUGAAAGGUGGUUGUUGUUUCACUAAGCAUGUGACACAGUGUACCAUUGUGCUCAUGCUUUCAAUGUCUUUUAUAACUUAACUAGGUCUUUUCUUUUUAUAUUUAAUAUACUCACAGCGCUCAUUGAAUAGCUAAUAUAUUGUCAGUGGUGGAAAAAGUACUCAAAAAUCAUACUUGAAUAAAAGUAAAGAUACCUUAAUAGAAAAUGACUCAAGUGAAAGUCACCCAGUAAAAACUA